AUGUUUGCCCAUGAUGCCUCCUGGAUCUUCAUCCUCUCCCUUGGUUCCCUUGCUUCGUGCGCCGCGGAUCCGGGCGCUUGCACCUCGGAGAAGAUCUUCGCGCGUGCGGUGGCGGAGGAGUGCGGCCCAUUGGAUGCGCAGAGUCCCACCUUGGAUUGGACGGCCUUCACAGGUGAGAUCUUCGAAGCUCGCAGCUCGGUGUUCAUUGAUGGCACCUCAGCAGCGAAGCAACGACUGCAACAGCUGCUGCACCUGGCAGGACAAAGCUACUUCCUGGCAGCCCAGUGUCCUGGGGCUGUAGCCACUGCCAGCUACAGCCUAGCAGAAGUUCAAGCAGGGGAAGAUGGUGACCGGGCGCACUGGUUGAGACAACUGGCCCUGUUGCAACUGGGCUUGGCGAUGUUUCCAUUGGCAGCCCAUGAAGAAUGCACCCAGUGGCCCUUGAGAGGAAGGGAUUUGGUUUCAGCAUUUUCGCGGCUUGGGCACAAGCUGUUUAAACAGCACAGGCAGCCGGAGAGCCGUGUUGAUGCUGGAAAAGUGGCGGUGGUCAGUGCUUGUGGGGGCUUGCACACAGAGUUUGUGCGUUCGAGUGCCCAAAAGCAGUUCAGGCAAUAUGCUGAGCGACAUGGUUACGAUCUCUACUUCUUUGCUGAUGCCAAAGAGUUGAUGGAGCGAUUCCAUCGCAGAAAUUUGACCUUCUCAAACUCCCCGUCAUUUUGGCGAGCUUACGCCUUGCAGUUCGUUCUUGAUCAGCGCCCUGGCUACGACUGGCUCAUGUGGUUCGAUUGCGAUCUCAUCAUCGAUGCUUCGCAGGACCAGGACCUGGCUUCGCUACUCGCGCAGCAUGGCGUGACCAGUGCCACGGAGAUGCUGAUCAGUGCAGAUGGCUGGGGCAUACAACCAGACCUCAUCUUGCUGCGUGCAAGUGAUUGGAGCCGAGGGUUUCUGGAGAACUGGACCAGCCUCCCUUCCCAUCACUUCCUCCAUGGCGCCGCCCGACUCCCACCGGAGCUGCGGAGUGCUGAGCGUGUUGCGCUGCAACACGCGAGCCUGCCACACUGGCAGCACUGGCUGCAGGGAGAUGAGAUCCACUGGGACUCCUUCAGUUGGAAACCGGAGAUUUCCCUGGCUAUGCAGCUGGUGACAAACAUAGGGACUCAGGACAUCUCCGUCGCAGCCACCGGGACCUUCGCCUUGAAAGACGGGGCGUGCCGCGGCCGAAGCGGGGCCAGGUCGCAGGAGUGCCAGUCGCGGCGGCUCCGCAUCAGCGGUUGA